UGCUGCGUCGCAGAAACUGACUGGUGACAGCACAUCGCUUACUAUAUCAUAGUAUGCUCAGGACAAUGAUAUAAGAUCUCGGAGAGCAAACCGCAGAGGUCGACCCAUCUGUAACUAGUAUCUGUUACAUGUCUUCUGGCAUAAUCAUCCUCCUUGUGACUGCAGCCACAGUUUUCUUCUACAGCCGUCGACGCGGUAGAUUACCACUACCCCCUGGGCCACCUCCAAAGCUCUUUUUCGGAAAUGCCCAUCAACUUCUGCCAAAGAACGAGCCUUGGCGGGCGUAUGUCACGUGGGCUGAAAUCUAUGGGCCCAUAUUCUCCUUCCGCGUGCCCAACCGGCAGUUCAUAGUGCUGAGCUCCCUAAAAGCUGCUACUGAAUUGCUCGAUGCACGCGCUACUAUAUACUUUGAUCGUCCAAAAAUGUGGAUGUUAAAACUUGCGAAGCGCAAUCUGAACCCAUUCAGUAUAUCUUACAAUCACCCGUAUUUCAAGGCGUAUCGCACGGUCUUCAAGAACAGUCUGAGUACCCGCGCUAUACAGAACUACCAGUCGGUUCAAAAUGAAGAAUGUCGUGUGCUGCUUGACGGUCUGCACAAGAACCCUGACCGUUUCGCCGAUCACAUUGGAAAGAACACAGCGGUCGUUGUCCUUUAUCUUGCAUACGGCUGGAAGGUCACCGAUAAUGACCAUCUCGUUAGUUUGCUGCAAGAAGCUUUUGACUCCACUGCCGUGUUAAUUCGGCCUGGACGUUGGUGGGUCGAGGGGAUGCCAUUACUGCGUUUCCUACCUUCAUGGUUUCCAGGGGCAGGUUUCAAACGCACGGCCAUUGACUAUGGCAAAAAGAUGAGUAGUAUUGACACAGUACCAUUUAACUGGACCAAACAGCAAAUACAAAGCGGCAGUUAUACGCAUUCCUUCGUUUCAGAACAGCUCCUUCCGGAGGAUGGGUCCACGGUCAGCGCCCAACAAGAAGAUAUCACUAUGCGGUGCAGUCAGGUGAUUUAUGUAGGGGGAUUUGACACCACAGCAUCAUCCAUGAAGUCUUUUAUUCUGGCGAUGGUGCUUUAUCCCGAGGUGCAGAAGCUUGCGCAGGCAGAAAUCGAUGCCGUCGUGAGUCAGGAUCGAUUUCCCACGUUCGAGGAUAGAGACAAGCUUCCUUACAUCGGAGCGCUCGCCUUAGAACUCCUCCGCUGGGCACCCGUGACUCCGCAAGGGGUCCCGCACCACGCAAUGAGGGAAGACGUCUACGAAGGGUACCGCGUUCCCAAAGGUGCGGCCAUCAUUGUGAACCUUGUGUCCAUGUCACGGAAUAAAGAAAUGUACCCCGACCCAUUGGAACUCAGACCUGAGCGCUUCCUUGGUCCCUCACCCCAAUCGGACCCUCGUAAGUUCAUAUUUGGGUUCGGGCGCCGUAGAUGUCCUGGAUCGCAUCUUGUCGAAGCCUCACUGUACCUCAAUAUUUCUUGUAUCCUGGCUGCAUUCACGAUUGCCAAACCGCUUGAUGAGAGAGGGGAAGAGAUCACACCUCCCCCAGAAUACGAGAAUAUUGGUCCAGUCUGGCACCCUAAACCAUUCGAAUGUAGAUUCAUCCCAAGGAACCAGGAUCUGUUGGCAACUCUCUCGCAAUAAUCAGGACAUCAGCGGAAUUGGGCUAGCCCACACGGAUUAGCAUGCUCACAGUAGAUCAUACGUAGUGUGGUAAUUAUAUAACUACUUCGUACUGAGGGAUCGAUGUGACGUCGUGAGCCUAUCGGCUUACAGUCGACUUCUGACUAG